UUAGGACUGACUGUCGGCAAACAAUCCAUUGUUUCGUGGCAUCCUCGCUCUAACCCUUUUAAAGCUCUGAAGGUGGUGCUCAUAUCAGAAGAUCAUGUUGAUUUGUGGACCUCUUUGCUUUCCAUGGGUGGUGCAGCAAAAGUUCAUCACCAUAAAGAAAAUGAAGACCUUUCUGACAUUCCAAACAUGAAGUUUGACCUGGCAGUGACAUCAUCUGCAUGUCCGUCUGAGGAACUGAAACGACGUGUGGCCCCGGACAUGCCUGUUGUCUCUCUGGAGUGGCUGAUUCAGAGCUUGAUCUGUGGAAAGUGCCUCAGCUAUGACAGCGACUCUGAAUUCUGUCACAACCCGUCUACGUGAACCGUCGUCCUCUGGUGUCUUCUCAGAUGUAUUUUAAAUGUCCUCUGUGUUUUAGUGCAUGCAUUUUACUGUACAUAGUUUUUAUGAAAUAAAAUCGUUAUUGUUUCA